AUGGCGCUCUUCCGCAAGUUCUUCUACCGCAAGCCUCCCGACGGGCUGCUCGAGAUCACUGAGCGCGUAUACGUGUUUGAUUCUUGCUUCACAACUGAUGUCUUCGAUGAUGAGAAGUAUCGAUAUUAUAUUACUGACAUUGUUACGCAACUUCGGAGCCACUUCGCUGAUGCUUCAUUUAUGGUCUUCAACUUUCGGGAUGGAGAAAGCCAAAGUUUAUUGGCAAAUAUCUUAUCAAGCUAUGAUAUGGUAGUUAUGGACUAUCCCAGACAAUAUGAGGGGUGCCCACUCCUUACAAUAGAAAUGAUUCAUCAUUACUUAAGGUCUGGGGAGAGUUGGCUCUCUUUGGGCCAGCAAAAUGUCUUAAUAAUGCAUUGUGAGCGUGGUGGCUGGGCUGUACUUGCAUUCAUGUUAGCAGGAUUGCUGUUGUACAGAAAACAGUUCAUUGGUGAGCAGAGGACGUUGGAGAUGAUUUACAGGCAAGCACCCCGUGAGCUGGUUCAGUUGCUCUCACCGUUAAAUCCAAUGCCUUCUCAGAUAAGAUACUUACAUUAUAUAUCUCGGAGGAACAUGAGCUCAGAGUGGCCACCUCAUGAUCGGGCACUUACUUUAGACUGUGUGAUACUAAGAAACAUUCCAGGCUUUAAUGCAGAAGGUGGAUGUAGACCUAUAUUCCGUAUUUAUGGACAAGAUCCUUUACUUGCUACAAGUAGCACCCCUAAGGUGCUCUUUGCAACACCAAAAAGGAGUAAAUACGUUCGGCUUUACAAGAAGGCAGAUUGCGAACUGAUUAAGAUUGACAUCCACUGUCAUAUUCAAGGUGAUGUUGUCCUUGAAUGCAUUAGCAUUGAUGCUGAUCAAGAACGAGAAGAGAUGAUGUUCCGAGUCAUGUUCAAUACAGCCUUCAUUAGAUCUAACAUUUUAAUGUUAAACCGUGAUGAAAUUGAUAUGAUGUGGGAUACCAAAGAUCGAUUCCCAAAUGAAUUCAGGGCUGAGGUUCUUUUUUCGGAAAUGGACACCACAAAUCAGUUCGAUCCCAUGGAGGUGUCAGGUAUAGGAGAAAAGGAGGGUUUACCGAUUGAAGCAUUUGCAAAGGUUCAAGAGAUGUUCAGCAAUGUUGAUUGGCUAGAUCCGACAGGGGAUGCUGCAAUCCAACUUUUCCAGCGACUUACUUCAUCAGAAAAUAUACAGUUGAGGCAAGGAUUCUUGUCUCCAAGUAAGAAAGAAGCAGAGUCAUUAGAGCUUUGUUCAAUAUCUCCAACCAACCAGCAUUUUGACAAUCAUCGACAAGAACAAAGCAACGUUUUACACCCCACAUUUUAUAUGAACAAACAGGAAAGUAUUGGUGGUCGAAGAUUGACCCUGUUGGAGCCUUCCACUAAUUCUGAAGUCAAAACUGGGAUUUCUGUCGUCCAAGAAAAUUUAGGCUCUCUGGUUCACAAGGUUGACAGUAAUACCAAACAGUCAACUUCACUGGAAAAGGCUAUCCCGUCGACCAUGAAAUCUAUCCUGGUUCUUAAGGAUCAAAAUGCUAAGUUUGAUGAGCAACAUGGUUCAGACCAACGCUCUUCGCCCACUACAACUAUGUCACAUCAAUUUCCAGUUUCUAGUUCGUGCUCUGCUCUUUCUGGUAACUCCAGUCCUAGAUCACUUUCAGCUUGCCCAAGAUUUCAUAGCGCCCCUUCAGACCUUGGAAUUACAGCUCUAUUGGAGGACCAUGCUGAACACUCGGAGAGUUUUAGUUCAACCAUAACCUCGAUCACAGUAUCAAAUGUCUCAACUGAUUCUAUGCCUGUCCCUCCAACUUCAUUCAGACCUCUAGUGCCAGCUGCACCGCAACCACCACCAUCACCAUUGCCACUCCCGCGUCCAGCCUCGCCUAGGUUUUCUCCCUUUAGGUCUCAUGCACCAUUGCCACCGCCACCACCUCCAGCACCUGCUUCUAGUUCCUCCCCUCUUAAUCUGACUGGGCCACCUCCAUUCCCACCUCCCCCACCUUCACCUAGGUGUUCUCCUAGCAGACCUCCUGCACCGCCACCACCUCCACUGCAUACUUCUUCAUCUACCAUUAGACCUGCAGCUCAACCUCCACCUCUAUUUUCUUUUACUUCAUCUCCUGUUAGGCCCACUGCACCACCUCCACCACCUGCCCCAACAUCAUUACCCAUUAGAGCUUCAGCGCCACCUCCACCUCCACCACCUGGAACAACUUCCAGUCCCCCUCCUCCCCCACCACCAUGCUAUUCAUCAAAACAAUCACCCAACCCCAUAGGCAACUCAAUGCCAUCACCUCCUAUUCCACCACCACCCUCCCAUGGAGGUCACAGUGGAGCUUCUAGCAACAUUCCCCCGCCAGCACCUCCUGGUGGUAAUGCUAAACUAUUUGGUUCUCAUGGGCGUGGACCAGCACCUCCUUCAGGUCCAAUGUCAAAGAGCUUUCACUCUAGUCAGGCUAUGUCCAGAAGGUCCAAUUUAAAGCCACUUCAUUGGGUGAAAGUAACAAGAGCAAUGCAGGGUAGUUUGUGGGCAGAGUCACAAAAGCCAGAUGAAACUUUAAAAGCCCCAAUGUUUGACAUGUUAGAAUUGGAAAAUCUUUUCUCAGCUAUUCUGCCAAAUUCAGAUUCAAGGCGCUCAGAUAAGUCAGGCAAUCGUGCAUCUGGGCCUAAAUCAGAGAAAAUUCAUCUUAUUGAUCUUCGCCGGGCUAACAAUUGUGGAAUCAUGCUUACCAAAGUCAAAAUGCCACUGCCUGACCUAAUGAGUGCAAUUCUGGCCUUGGAUGAUACUGUCCUCGAUGCUGACCAAGUGGACAACCUUAUUAAGUUCACUCCAACUAAAGAUGAAAUAGAACUUCUAAAGGGUUACAAAGGAGAUAAGCAAGUACUUGGAGAAUGCGAACAGUUCUUCAUGGAGCUUAUGAAACUACCACGUGUAGAAUCUAAGCUGAGAGUUUUCUCAUUUAAGAUUCAAUUUCGUUCUCAGGUUUCUGACCUUAAGCGAAAUCUGAACAUUGUUAAUUGUUCUGCAGAAGAGAUAAGGGGAUCAGUCAAGUUGAAAAGGAUUAUGCAGACAAUUCUUUCUCUAGGUAAUGCAUUGAACCAAGGCACUGCCAGAGGUUCUGCUGUUGGGUUUAGGUUGGAUAGCUUGCUCAAACUAAGUGACACUCGUGCUCGUAACAACAAGAUGACUUUAAUGCACUAUUUAUCUAAGGUGCUUUCUGAGAAACUUCCGGAACUUCUAGAUUUUCCAAAAGACCUGGCUAGCUUAGAGUUGGCAGCAAAGAUACAGUUGAAGUCUUUAGCAGAGGAAAUGCAGGCUGUAAAUAAAGGACUCGAGAAAGUUGAGCAAGAGCUUACUACAUCUGAAAAUGAUGGUCCUGUGUCAGAGAUCUUUCGCAAGACACUAAAGGAUUUUCUCAUUGGCGCGGAAGCUGAAGUGAGGUCUUUGACGUCACUUUACUCUAAUGUGGGUCGAAACGCAGAUGCAUUAGCGCUUUAUUUUGGAGAAGAUCCAGCGCGAUGUCCAUUUGAGCAAGUAGUCACAACACUCCUAAACUUUAUGAGAUUGUUCACACGCUCCCAUGAAGAGAACUGUAAGCAACUGGAUCUUGAAAAGAAGAAAGCUCUGAAGGAAGCAGAAGAGAAUAGUAAGCAACUGGACCUUGAAAAGAAGAAAGCUCAGAAGGAAGUAGAAACAGAGAAAACAAAAAUUCUGAAGGAAGCAGAAGCGAAUAGUAAGCAACUGGACCUUGAAAAGAAGAAAGCUCAGAAGGAAGUGGAAAUAGAUAAAACGAAAAACAAAUCUGAUAACGAGGAAGCAUGUAAGAAAGAAUCAGAAAAUGAUAAGGGUUCAAAAAAGGAAUCAGCAAAUGAGAAGGCUAAGCUAAACAAUUCAAUCAAAGAGAUAGAUAUAUCACUUCAAUCUCCUGCACAAACUGCUAUUGCCAAAUGAUGACAGUACUAGAUGAACUAAGAACAGUAGCUUUUCUGACAAUGGGGGAAAACUGGUUCUGCCUGCUUCCAAUAGUGAUCUCUCGCUCGCUCUCUGUUAGCAGAAUCAUGCAGGUUAUUGUGGAUCUGGCAUUGAAGUAGAACUAGCUGCAACAAAGAAGCCACUAACUGCACUGGGGAUUGUUGAAGAAACGACCCUGGCUACAAGGUGUACAGAUCUGACAUAAUAAUAGUUUCUCUUUUGGGUAAUAGAUUAUCCUUAAUAUUUGUUAUCUUAUUGAUUACAUGUAGCUAAUGUCUCGCAUAAUGUAAAAAAUAAAAUAGAUCAAUAGAAUGACUGCUGAUGUAUGUCUAGGUAAUUAGGCUUUUUUUAGCUGUUGUUGUAAAAAUAAAGUUCCGUUUGUACGGAAUUUUGUUUCUUAAGUCUGUUUUUGUUAGGCAAGUAGGGCCAACUGUUCACCCCUGCUUGGA